GCGGGAACCAUGUCUCAGCCCGUGGCCAAGGCCUCGGCCACCGCCUCCGCCGCCGUGAACCCAGGGCCCGACGGGAAGGGGAAGGCGGGCCCGCCCCCAGGCCCCGCCCCGGGAUCCGGCCCCGCCCCCGCCCCGGCCCCAGCCCAGCCGGCGCCCGCGGCCAAAGCAGACCUGCCUCCCGGCAGCUACAAGCUGGUGGUCUUUGAGCAGGAGAACUUCCAGGGCCGGCGGGUGGAAUUCUCCGGGGAGUGCUUGAACCUGGGAGACCGUGGCUUCGAACGAGUGCGCAGCAUCAUUGUCAGCUCCGGACCCUGGGUCGCAUUUGAGCAGUCCAACUUCCGGGGGGAGAUGUUCGUCCUGGAGAAAGGCGAGUACCCACGCUGGGACACAUGGUCCAGCAGCUACCGCAGCGACCGGCUCAUGUCCUUCCGGCCCAUCAAGAUGGACGCCCAGGAGCACAAGCUCUGCCUGUUCAAAGAGGCCAACUUCAAGGGCAACACCAUGGAGAUCCAGGAGGAUGAUGUGCCCAGCCUCUGGGUCUACGGCUUCUGUGACCGCGUGGGCAGCGUGAAGGUCUCCAGCGGAACCUGGGUUGGCUACCAGUAUCCCGGCUACCGUGGGUACCAGUACCUCCUGGAGCCUGGUGACUUCCGGCACUGGAACGAGUGGGGGGCCUUCCAGCCACAGAUGCAGGCCGUGCGUCGCCUGCGUGACCAGCAGUGGCAUCGCGAAGGCUGCUUCCCCGUCCUGGCCACCGAGCCGCCCAAGUGAGUCCACGCGCCGCUCGUGUGGCCCGCCCUGCUGCAGGCUCAUCAUCCCCACUUUCCCCACGCAAAUAAAAAUUCCUGAAGCCAA